GUUUGUUUCUCUCAACUUUCAAAAUCAAACAAAAAAAACCGUAACGAACUCUUCAAGUUCCACCGAGAAACCGGUGUCAUUUGUAUUGCUUGUCAGAGUUAGUGACUGAAUCAGCAUCCAUGGACGAGUUGGGUUCCGCCUCAUCUCCGUCGCGCCCGGUGACUGUCGACGGGGCUGGCGAGGACGCAGCGCUGGCGAAGUCGCGGUUUCUGACGCGGAAGGAGGUUCUCCAGCGGCGGCUCCGGCGAGUGAAGCAGCUAGGGCGGUGUUAUCGGGCCCACUAUUGGGCCCUAAUGGAGGAGCUGAGGUCCAAGUACAGAGACUACAGCUGGACCUACGGGAAGAGCCCUUUCAAGGAGGGUCACAACGAGGGUGAGAAUAACAAUCCAAACGGCGUCAUCACUGGCGUCGGUGGCGGCGACGAUAUCAUGCGGUGUCGUUUUAGCGGCUGCAAGACUAAGGCCAUGGCUAUGACGAAAUACUGUCACGCGCAUAUACUGUCCGAUUCCAAACAGAAGCUUUAUCAGGGAUGCAGAGCUGUUGCCAAGAAUUUGCCAACAGGGCCUUCAUUUUGUAAUAAGCCAGUAUUGAAAUCUGUGGUUCCUGCUGCAUGCCCAACUCAUCAUCAAUUUGGUGAAAGGUGUUUAUCUCGUGCAUUAAGAAGGGCUGGGUUAGGGAAUCCUAUCCCUAAUAAUCGUAAGCCUACACCGAAGUUUCAUGUACUAGUUUCUGAAUUUGUCCACCAAAUUCAAAAGAAACGAAAGCUUGCAUUGAAGGAAACUGCUCUCAAAGUUGAGACUGAAUAAGAAAUCAUGUGUUUGCAGAUGCUGGUUGAUGCAAGUUACUCAUUAUGAAUAUGUUGUUUAGUGACAUGAUACGGUCUUGUUGGAGAGACAAAGAAACGAUUAUUAUCUGAGGACCCAAUCCCCACCUUGUAUUUAUAGGACCCAUUAAUUAUAUUUAAUAAAAGUUCGUCACUCUCUAGCAUGGCCAUACUGUUCAACAACAUAAAAGGAUCCAAUUCUUGUCAUGUAGUUUCUUCUGUUACAUGAUGGCUUUUAAAUUUUUUAAGUGCUAUGGUGUUGCUGUCCGGAUUUCUUCAUUUAAUUAUUUACCUAUUAUUUUUAAGAAUGAUUUUUAUUGCAUUAUCUAAUGGUUGGCCUUUCACAAAUAUCUUAAAGGCCAUUUCCAUUAAUUCAUGGAGAAAAAGAACUUCUGGUUAUUUGAGUGGUGUCUAAACAUAUCUAUGGAAGUAGGUGCACAGCCAGAUGGUUCUGAAGUGAAAGGAGUAGUUCUGAGAAUAAAAA